GAAACGAAGAAAGCGCAAAUGCUCCAAUUCUCCAGCUGUUUUUUCAAUGACAUCACUAAAAGUCAUAUAUUCGAAGUAUGUGGUUUGGGCUUCCUGUGUCAARGAUUAAGGCACUUUAUCUGAGAAGUAAUGUAGAAUGUAUCGAAUGACACGAUAUUACAAACUGUUUUAUCAUUGGGCGGUAAGUAACAUGAUACAAUUCAAUCUACUAUCAAAUCUGUUACUGUUACAGAAGAUUAUACACCGUCUUAAUUCCAUUUCUGCUUCCAAAAACCCGAACCUCUUAGCAUAUGGUUCAUGAAUAGACAAUUUUUGGUAUUCUAUUCAAAAAACCAGUAGAGUGCAAUACGUCCUUACGGUUGCUAAGCAAUCGUUCCAUUAAUUGUGAUUCGACGCGUGGAUUUUGUCUGUUAUUGCAGAAAACACGAGUCAGAUUAUCUCUCGUCUUGAAAGACAGAAAAURUCUCACUCGAAACGCCUGAUAAAACUACAAUAUACGUUUAGAAUCCUAGUAAAUACGUUCAAAAAUUUUCAGAUUGCUGUUGUAGGGACGAAUUGGUUAGCACCGAGAAUAUACAGUAGCUUGGAAGUGCACUUAUCGACGAAGUAUUUACCUCAAGCGUAAAGAAAUAUAAGGAAGCUCCUGAUUAAAGACGGUUAAAGAUCCUGCACUACCAACCACGACAAUGAAGAGAUUCUUGCAGUCUGCUUUGACCUUAGGUUUCUUUCUAGCUUUUCUUUACCGAGCGUCAGCCCUUAAGUGCCUUAAGUGCUUCUCCUACAAGUCCACCCAAGACUGUAACGAACGAAUGGCCUCAGUUACCUGCGACGAAGGCUUCGAUCGCUGCAGCAACACGACAGUAGAACUCUACGCUGCAUUCAUGAACGAAGCGAUCGUCGGCUACCAACUCGACUGCGCCAGACAAAUCGAAUGCCAAGAGAAUAAGUGUGCCCGUCACUUUGGUAUUAAUAUGGGAAUCCAAAACUACCGGAAAUGCGUCAUAUCCUGUUGCCAAGACAACCUAUGUCCUUUUAGUCCAAACAUCACCACACUGCGGCCACCGUCCAACGAAAAUGACGUGGGAGGCCCUGCCAAAGGUGCACGAGGAGGGGUAGGAAGAGUAGUUAUUGCUUCUUCGAUGCUCGGGAUAAUUCUUGGAAUUCAUUCCCUGGUGAUCUCUUAAGAUAGAAACUUUUUUUCAUGGUGUGGACUUCCUGUGGGAUAUUUAACCGAGGAGUCCAAAAGACUGGGACGAGCAAUGAAUGUUUUCUAAAUUUAUGAUUUUGUUUAAAAAAAGUUGAAGUUGGCCUUUUUCGCUGGCGUUUCUCUUGCAUUGGGAUCCCUGUAUAAUAGAGACUUGCUCCGUCGUUCGCUGACUCUUUCGGUCGGAUAUCUACACAUCACAGGUAGCCCGGUAAURCAGCAAGCGAGAAACCCAAAGCAAAGAGAUACGUCGGUGAAGGAAGCUAAUGUAAAUAAACGUGACUUAAAAUAACUUCAUAGUAAUCUUACAUAUUAGUUACUCAAACGUUUUCUGAUUGGCUGGUCUUUAUUCCAACAUGGCGUGCACGGUGUACGAAAAUGGGUUAUAUAAGAAGUCUAGAGUUAAGAAAAUACCUUGAGUAAAUCCUUCAAGAUUUCCUCUAUUUAGCGUACAAAGUUUGUUCACGCUAAAUUUUGGUCUCCUCAUAGCCACGUGACUAUGUUCCAGGUGGAAUUUUCGUUUGUGCAUGACGUCAUAGCCGCCAUCUUGGAUGAAUUUAACAAAAGCAUUGUCAAAUAAUUCUUUUGUUGUAUCAACCAACAUAUUGUUGUUUUACUCUGCAAACCUUUUUUAUGGAUAGUACGUCAUAAAAAUAGUAAAAUUCAAAGGGACGUAUUGUUUUGAUAAAAUAAAUAUUAAUAUUAAUAAUAUAUUAAUAACAUUUUAAUAAUAUUUAAUGCUAACUUGUUUAACAUUUAUUUUUAUCUUAAAUAUUUUUAACGUCUCAAUCACGAGUAUAGCACGUGAUCAGCACGUGAUAAAAGCAAUUAUGGUUUACCUUUAAAAUAAUUUUCAGUCAAAUAUGAUUAACACAAGACGUGUUGACUUUCAAAGUCACGCCUUCGGAAUUGUCACGUUUUAUAGCACUGUUACAGAUCACGUGACAAUUGAUCUCUCGUAUCUUAAAUUAGCUCUUUGUAGUUUGCUUGAAAAUUACACUGACAAUAUUGAACUCA